AUGGUCCUCCAAUCCCUCAACUCUCGCAUCUUUGAUGAUGCAUCCCAGUACGCCACCAAAUGGCUCCGCAAGUUACCCCACGUCAUUUGGUGCCUUCGCACCCAAAAGAGUCGGGCCACCGGCUACACCCCAUUCUUCCUCGUCUACAGCUCAGAGGCUAUACUUCCAACAGAUGUAGCCUUUGGUGCCCUGUGGAUUCAAUACUAUGAGGAAGGGGAAGCAGGAAAGAGUCGGCAGGUCGACAUUGACAGCCUGGAAGAGCAUCGUGUAGCGGCCCUCAUCCAGCAUGUACAACACGAGCAAUAG